AUGCUGAUUCUCCUGAUUUUCGCCUUCGCCACUUCGCCUUUUCUUGCCCUGUCCAGGAUCCUGCACCACCACACCGAGGCUGAAACACGACCUCUGGCCAGGCGUAAUCCCUGUGACGGUCUGGACUACCCGCAAAUCUCGCUGUAUGAGGACUACUCUGAGCCGUUGUGCCCCGCUCCCAAGCACCUGGAUGAACAGGGUGCUUGCGAGGAAUCCGGAGACCCGCAACAAGAUUGCGCGAGCUUCUGUCAGCUUACCACGACUUAUGUCUGGGCCCGCGAGUCGCCAUUCUUCAGGUCCGAAUGCCACUAUCCCAUGCGCUGUGAGCUUCGCGAGGCAGAUUCGACAAAGUGGUCUCUUGUAGGGUACAUCUCUGGGACUGCGGAGUUCCAGAGGGCCCUCGAUAUCGGUAUCACGGGCGGCAUUGGGUCAUCUUGGGGCAUUACAAAGGGUCAUAGCUGGUCCAUCACGCCUCUGCCCGGUGAGUGCGGAUACUUCACCUGGGUACCCGUUACGAAGCGCACCUGCGGUACAGUAACAAGUGGCCUCAAGAUAGGCACGUCAGAGGAGGGAUGGAAAUGUCUCAACAAGACGACAACGACCCAGGACGUCUGCCAUGACCAAGUCUGGUCUCUUGAUGGUGGCCCUGAUGGUGUUGUCAUAUGGGUCCGUACCAACUGCUCGAUUGGCGUGCCCUUGGGCUCAGAGUACCAGGAUCCCGUGUACAACUCUCCGGGAGUAUCGCUCUACGAAGCAUCGGGUAUCGGUAUGUUUGACGGCUGGUCCAACAACACUUGUGUCAUGACCGUGCUCAAAGCCGUGAGCGACGGUACUUGGUUUGACCUGGAGGUCAAGGCUCGCGGGUUUCUGCUGGGCGGGGUUGGAAGCGAUGGUGAGAUCCUUCAUCGCAGAAUCAACGUUUGUGGAGACAUCAGCUCUUGGAGUUUCACAUGGACUGAUGUGGCAUAUCCGAAUUCCACAUGGGAUAUGGAGGCCAGCAGCACCAUGUUUGUCAAGAAAGGCGUCCAAAAGGCCUGCAUUGGAACAGCAAUGCAGCAGGCAGGUGGCGAGAUGGACGAAUGCGUGUAG